CUGAGGGCUGGGGACUGACUGAGGAGGAGCAGAGCUUGGGCUUGCUGUCGCUUCUGCCAUCUGCGCCUGCCUCCGCCUCGUCGUCUUCUGCCUUCCCGGCCUCCUAUCGCCACUAUGCCCCGGCAGGAGGAGCGGCGGCAGCAGCAGCAGCAGCGGCAGAGGCGGUGUUCCUAGCCCGCCUGCGGACCACCUUCCUCCCCCCUUUCCCCCUGCGCGCUUCCCUUUCCAUCCUCCCGGCGGGGGAGGCUCCUGCGGUGCUUUUUCAAUGGGCAGUCUGCUGAGCGGGGUCAGCUUCAAGGAGCCCACCACGGUGGAGGACUGCGAUUCUACGUGGGAGACGGACUCUGAGCCGGAGCUCCAAGAGCCGCGGGGAGGAGGAGGAGAAGGGCAGCCGCUCGAGGGGCUGGGGGGCACUGGCAGAACCGAGAACCUCGCGGAGGAGGAGGAGGAGGAGGAACCCCAGCAGCAGCAACAAGGGGAACCGCUCCCUGCGGCAAGCGCCCGGCCGGAAGAUACGGAGCAGCGGGAGGAGGUGGAGGAGGCGGUGGAAGAAGAUCUGGAAGGGGAAGACGGCGGCGGCGGCGAAGUCUGCGAGGAAGGAGGAGGGCGCGAAGAAGGAGAAGCUGUCAGCACCGGCCAGGGGGAUGAUGCAAUUGAAGUGACAGCUAAACCAAAGAGAAGCUUUUAUGCUGCAAGAGAUUUGUACAAAUAUCGGCACCAAUAUCCACAGAACUUUAAAGAUCUACGAUAUCAGAAUGACUUGUGCAACCUCCGCUUUUACAAGAAUAAAAUCCCCUUUAAACCUGACGGUAAAUCUCAACAUAACUACUUGAGAAUCACCCGUAUUCUCAAAAGUCUUGGUGAACUUGGAUAUGAGAGUUUCAAACCUCCCCUUGUAAAAUUUAUUCUCCAUGAAGCUCUUGUGGAAGAUACCAUCCCCAACAUUAAGCAAAGUGCUUUGGAAUAUUUUGUAUAUACCAUCAGAGACCGAAGAGAAAGAAGGAAACUUCUACGAUUUGCCCAGCAACACUAUACACCCUCCGAUCAUUUCAUUUGGGGUCCACCAAGGAAACAGAAGUGUGAAGGAAGCAAACCGAGUAAGAAGCUGGCAUCUCCAGUUUCUCAUCGUAACAGCUGUACUUCUAAACAUAAGAAAAGAGACUCCAAGAAUGCAUCUACAGUUUCUAACUCGAGUGGGAAACCAACUGAUGAGAAAAGGGCAGGACCUAUUAAAACCGAGGAGGAUCACAUUAGGAAACGCAGCAGCUCUGAGACUGCUAAGCAGAGCAGUGGUGAAAAGAAUAGUGACCUUGAAUGUCAGAACUGCAAACUGGAAGGAACAGCCAGUCCUUCAGACCAAAAGGAAAAUAUUUCCAAUUUCAAAAAACAUAAAGGUAGAAAUGAUGAAAAUCUGAACCAAGACUGUAGAAAUCCUGAAGUUGUAGAAAAAGAUUCUUGCGAUACUCAUUGUGGUCCAACUGAUACGUCAACUGAUCUGCAAGACAGUGUAAGUAAGGAUAAAGAUCCAGUGGGAUCAAACUCAAAAAGCAAAGAGGAG